AUGGCGGAGGAGAAUAUAAAAGCUGCAGCAGUUUUUCUUUUCUUUUCUUCAGACGUCAUCAGCUGUUUGCUCCUCACCUCCACCUUGCAGUGGCGCGCGUGCACAUCCCUGCCUGCGCGCCACCCGAGCGCGCCAAACUGCGCCACGUGCUCCACGCUCUUCAGAGGCCUCCUGCUCAACAUCAAAGAACUUCUCAAAAGUGAGUUAUUGUGUUACGGCAUCACGUCUGAAAGAGUCACCGUCAGCAGUUCGUCGGACACUAUACGCGCGUGCACGCCCACGAUGCACCAGAAUUCAAGCUGCAUGGUGUACAGGAAUUCCUCCUUCAGUGAGAGCGAGUGUCUGAUGAACAUCAAGAAGGACAUGCUUCACUAUCAUGGUGUCAUCCAGUCCUACCUCAAGGCCGCCCUCAGGAAACCUAAAGAAGAAACGGCGCUUCUCCUCCCCACCUUGAAAAUCAUCCAGAACCUGCAGAAGAACUGUUCCCCGAUUGCAAAUAAAGGACAAGACUUGGCGGAGGAGGAUGCGUACCAAAUGUGGGGAUCCAACUCCUUCACUAAUAGACUUGAGAUGUACAAGAUGAUGAGAGGCUUCUACAUCCGAGCCAUCACCAUCAACAGAGCCAUGGGCUACAUCUCGGCAGGCGAUCACAGGAAGUAAACAAUCCUGGUCAGCAUGGCCGGCCUUGUCGUUGAUAUCAGUGCAAUCACCCUUGAAAGGUUCAAAGAAGCAAAGUUUCAUAGUUUUCGAAGUGAAAAAUGUCGGACCCCAUCUGACAACAGCAAUGUACUAACGCAAACAUCCCAUAAAAACAUUCAAGAACUUAUAUUGACCAUUGGCUGGGAUUCCUUGUCAUGGUCCUGGUCCCGGUUGUUGCUGGAGGCAGAAUUUGUAAAGCAUCAUUUGUGCAGGGAAAAUGAGAAAAUACCUUAAGCUUUCAUAAACACGUGACUAUCGAUGUAUUUAUUUUACUACAGCGUCAUCUGCUGGACACAAUGGGAAACUACCUCACACUGAUAUUGAACCAAGACAACAGUAGGCCAAUUUUUCCAAUAUUUGGGAAACACUUCUCUGUGACCACUCUAUUUAUUACCAUCAUUUAUCAAA